AUGGUCUUCAAUCUAAAUGACCACAUGGAAUUGGCUAGAUAUAAUCUUAAACAAAAACAAACUCAAAACUGGACAAAUGUCACAGAUCAAUUAAAACACUCGAGCCAGUCUGAACAAUAUCAAAAAGAAAAGCAAUUGAUGUUUACUGCCAUCAAUAAUUUUAUGACCAAGCUUAUAAUCGAUAAGGAUUGUUUGAAAAAUUCUAAAUUUCACAAAUCCAUUUCUGAGGAAAAUUUGAUCUUGGAUGAUUUUAAAGAGCGUAUGAAGUCAGCAUAUGAAAUUAUUAACCAAUUAAAUUGUUUAAUAMAAGUAGAAAAAUCUGUUUUGUUAGCACCAAAAAAUGAUAACAUUCAUAAGGAUAAACAAAAAUUCAAUGAGUUAAAAACAAAAAUAAAUUGGAUGGAGAGAGCAAUAGCUUCAGUUGUCAAAAGAUAUAAUGUAAUGAGAAUAUUUUUAAAUCUUCCAAAGGACAAUUUAUAUUCAAAAAUUGAACAACAAAUGAUACCAUUUAAAUUAGAUUAUAUGUCUAAAGAAAAAAGAAAUGAAAUAGAAAAUCAAUUUAAAUUUAAAGAAACACAACUUAUUUUAUCCGAUUUGCGAUCACCAAUGGAAGUAUUAAGAAAUAGAGUUGUAGAUCACGGAAUCGUUCCAAUUUAUCGGUUUCUAAGAAGAAACACAUCUGGUGAACAAUUUAUUUACAACUAUUCGUGUACAUUGUUUGGAAUGUAUGUUGAAGGAAGUGGUACUAGCAAGUAUGAGGCAAAAAUAAAUGCAGCUGGUAAAAUGUUGAGGUCAAUCAUAAGAAAACAGAAAAACCGAACACUUUCUUCACAUAUAAGAGCAUUUAACGAAAAGGAAUUAAAAACCAUCAGCCCACUGAUUAAGUUUAAAGCAAACUAUGUGGAGGUACUGAAUGAUGAAUGCGUUAAAUAUUUAUAUCAAACACCAAUAUACACACUUUUAUCACAGCCCAAAAAUGAUAAUAAACUGGAAAACCAUUAUUCAAUCCAAUGCAAUGCGAUGAACUUAGUGGCAAUAGGACACAGUAACAAGAAGUCAACAGCCAAACAAAUCGCAGCACAAAAUAUUAUGAAAUUAUGGGAAAAAUUGAAUUCAAAUAACAACCCCUCUAAGUUGAGCUAA